AUGCCUAAAGCCACUACACCUGUGGCAGAACGCCAAGGGCGUCGCCACAACCCUCUCGAGGCCGACAUCCUCGGAGGAAGCGGCAUUCUGAGGUCGGGAAAGACGGCGAAGAAGACAAAAGAAGAGAAGGACCAGGACCAUUUUGUCAACUCGAAGCAAUCAGCGAGAAUUCUUCAACUAGGCCGAGAGCUUGCGGACGAGGACGAUGACCAGAGCAAGCCUGCCGGGCAAUCGAGGAAGAGCGCCUUCGACGUUGACUCGCGAUUCGCGUCCGAGGACGACAGGAACGAAAACACAUUUGAAGAUGACGAAGCAUGGGGAGAGGAAGAGGAGAUCGAGCUUGAAGGAGCCGAGGUUUCUCCCGAGGAUCUGGCCAUGUUCAACAAGUUCCUCACCGCUGACGAAGACCCGCUGUUGAAGCACGGCUGGGAUCGAAAACCUGCCGAUGGCGAGGAACAACAAGGAGGGACGAAUCUGGCCGACUUGAUCUUGGAGAAAAUCCAAGCGUUCGAAGCCGGUGAGGGAAAUCAGCAGGAUAUGGGUGGCAUGGAAGACUUUCCCGAGGAGGAUCUGCACCCAAAGGUGAUCGAGGUCUAUGCGAAGUGCGGCAUGAUUCUGAGCAGGUGGAAGAGCGGGCCUCUCCCUAAGCCUAUGAAAAUUCUACCGACUGUGCCCGACUGGGAGAGAAUUAUUGAGGUCGCACAACCUGAGAACUGGACUCCGAACGCGAUUUAUGGGUUGACUCGAAUCUUCGCCUCCGCAAAACCAGCGGUCGUCCAGCGAUGGCUCGAAAUAGUGGUUCUACCCCGAGUACGAGAUGAGAUAUACGAAACAAGGAAGCUCUCCGGAACCUGCACGUUGCGCGAGGCUCAUAUUGUCUCCUCCGUCAUGGCUCGCGUUUCCAUUCCGAUCCUACACUCUGCAGCUGGACUAAAGGGUCUUUGCGAUUUGGCAGCUCAGCAAGCUUCCAAUGGCGAGUCUGCUGCCAGUACAAAUGUAUUCAUCAAGAUACUGCUCGACAAGGGACUGGCCUUGCCGUACCAGGUCAUUGACGCGCUGGUGUUUUUCUUCCUGCGCUUUAGGUCAAUCGAUCCCGCGGCUGUGAAGGAGGCCGAGGCCAUGGAGAGGCCAUCAGAGAACAAAAUUGGGCGACAGCUGCCGGUUUUGUGGCACCAAUGUCUUCUGAGCUUUGCUCAGAGGUACCGAAAUGAUAUCAACGAGGACCAGCGAGAGGCUCUGUUAGAUCUGCUCCUCACCCACGGUCAUUCUGCGAUUGGGCCCGAGAUCAGAAGGGAACUGGUUGCAGGUCGUGGCAGGGGCGUCCCAGUCGCACCACAGGGACAGGCUUUUGAUGGAGACGAUACGAUGCAGGUUGAUUAA